UCAUUAAGCAAAAAAUACAAACAUGGAUCCCAAUUUUGAGGAAAUGUGGAACUGCAGCCCACCAGAUAACAUGAAUAAGGACAUCUUUGCAACGACGCAACCUGUAAGCGUACCUUUCGAGAUGCAAACCGAGAGUGAUGUUCAAAUGUUGGAGGCCUACAAGAAGGCUCACUUGUGGGACGUCUACGAAGUGACCAAAGAGAUGGAGAUGAUAGACACAAAGAUCAUUUGUAGAAAGUGCCUGUUGCACAGAGGACUAUGCAAUACAUAUGGCCAUAAUCUAAAGAAGUACGAGGCAGAGCAGCACGCCAAGGCACGGGCCCAAGCUAAGGCUCAAGCUCAGGCCCAGACCGAGGCCAAGGAGCAGGCCAAGGCACAGGAAAAGGCCCAGAAUAAGGCGCAGACCAAAGCUCAUGCCAAGGCUCAGAGCUCAAAAAGAUAUCGCAAAGAUAUAUAAGAAAAGAGCAGAAUAUAUUCAAGAUUUCAAUUUUUUUGUAAUG